AUGAGGGGGUUUGCUAAUUUCGUGUCACGAGGAAGCCAGAGAGAGCGAGACCGUGAAAGGGCACAAGCCCGUACCGGAGGCAAAGGAAAGAACAAAGACGACGGAUUAACUCCCGAGCAACGCCGUGAAAGGGAUGCGAAAGCUUUACAAGAGAAGGCUGCAAAGAAAGCUGCUCAAGCUGCUACUUCCGGAGGAGGCAACAAAGGAGAUAAGAAAUAA